AAGCAAGCUUGCUUGUUAUGGUGUGUAUCUAGGCAACUACACCAAACAAUUUGAUUGGCUAACAAUUACUUGAGCCUGCAAACUAAAAGCAGUAUAUCUCCGACGCGGGAAUUUAUUCAAAAUGGCCGAAGUGAUGAAUUUGGGUGACUUCAAACUCUCGGCCAGAAAACUUAGGUUCCUUCAAGUAGAAUCUUCAUCACGAAUUUCUUUUAACAAAGAGCUCACAGGAGAGCACAUGCCGCUUUUUCUUGGGGCCGAUGUUUUGUAUGAUUGUCCCAUUACGAUUGCUAAUUUACCAAGAACACAUGCAAGAUUUGCUAAGCGGGGUUUAGCAACAAAAAUCACCUUUCCUGCCUCUCAACGAGUAAUUGGGAUCCAUGGAACCUCUAAAGGAGUGUGGUUCUAUAGCAUACAGGGUUUAUUCAGGGUUGUGUUUGAAUAUUAUAAUCGCGAAGAUCAGUUAGAUGUGAUAGAACAUUUGCAGAAUGUCUUAAAGUUGAGAAUAUCGGAUUCGCUAUUGAAAGAAGAGAUUGACUUAUCAUAUGCAUUGACACUCUUUGAUGAAAGAGACCUGAAAGCUCACGGAAAUUCAGAGGUUUGUUUUCAAGAAGCAGGAUCAGAUAGAGAAAACUCAUCCCCCUCAAGUCAUAGCAACUCUGCCAGUGAGAAUAACAACUCCGCGUCGUCUCAAAUAAACGCGCUAGACCAUAAUAUACGCAAAUGCGACUCUUUAUUUCAAGAAUUAAACUCUUACUUAUGUAAAUAUCAAUCUGAUUGUUCAGAAUCAAACGACUUAAAUGCAAAGCAAAAACUUUUAUGUAAACUCUGCAAAUUGAUUGGUAGAGAAUUUAACAAUGCUAAGCCAGAUAUUGAAGCGAAAGUCACACAGUUCAAGGCUAAACACAUUUUAACAAUACACAGCCUGCCAUGUGCUGAGGAAGUGGUGGAGGAACUGUUUCCAUUGUACAUGAGAGAUUUGAUGUGGGUGUGGAUGGGUGGGGAAGAGCAGGCAGCCAGGACACCCAACAGUUCUCUUUACCCACUUAUGCAGCUGAUCUUAGAGUUUGCCAACCAGACUUUGGUGUCAGGGGUGGCACACGUAUUAUACUCUAGACUACUGCGCAGUGAUCGUGUAUAACUACUCCUCAAGUACAACACCACUUCGACAACAGCAACAACAACAAGUAUUUAUUGAUACCCAAUUUUUACAUUGACAGCUGGACUUGUACUUCUAUAUGAAAGGGUAUUAGCUACCUAGGAAUUCCUUAUGCUGAUGAUACCACUUAAAUAUUAGCUAAUAAAGGGAUCUCAGUAAUAUCAAGAGGGGGGUGAAUAGGUUCGGCGGAUUCGACCCCGAAAUGCUCACAGAUUACGAAUUUGGAUGAUUAUUUCAGCGGAUUGGCGGAUUUUGAAAAUACGGCGGAUCACGGAUCUGUUGACAAUUUGGGCACGGAUUUCCGAUUUUGACUGCAUUGACGGUCGAACUUCGGAUUUUUAAUGAAUUUCAACCAAUGCUAUUGUUUAUCUUUCAAACCAUGCGGAUCUAAAAAUAUCUGCGGAUCCACGGAUUUGCCUCGAAAAUGUUGCAGAUCGGCAGAUUUACCUACCCCUAUUCACCCCCCCCCCCCCCCCAUCAAGUGUGGGCAUACAUGAGGAGAUUCUGAAUUCAUGCCUAGACAAUAUCAGCUUGAAAAUUAAAUGAUGGUAAGCAGUGCUUAACUGUUGCAUAUUGAUGUUGGUAAUUGCCUUUUCUUUGAUUGUGUCACAAGCAAGAAAAGGAGAUUCUGAAUUCAGGCCUAGACAAUAUUAGCUUGAAAAUUAAAUGAUGGUAAGCAGUGCUUAACUGUUGCAUAUUGAUAUUGGUAAUUGCCUUUUCUUUGAUUGUGUCACAAGCAAGAAAAGGAGAUUCUGAAUUCAGGCCUAGACAAUAUUAGCUUGAAAAUUAAAUGAUGGUAAGCAGUGCUUAACUGUUGCAUAUUGAUAUUGGUAAUUGCCUUUUCUUUGAUUGUGUCACAAGCAAGAAAAGGAGAUUCUGAAUUCAGGCCUAGACAAUAUUAGCUUGAAAAUUAAAUGAUGGUAAGCAGUGCUUAAUUGUUGCAUAUUGAUAUUGGUAAUUGCCUUUUCUUUGAUUGUGUCACAAGCAAGAAAAGGAGAUUCUGAAUUCAGGCCUAGACAAUAUUAGCUUGAAAAUUAAGAGAUGGUAAGCAGUGCUUAACUGUUGCAAAUUGAUGUUGGUAAUUGCCUUUUAUUUGAUUGUGCCACGAGCAAGAGAAAAGAUCAACAAGCAGCAAUAUUUAAAAGAAUAUAAGGGAAUGACAAGUAAGGGCAUGGCUUUGCCCCCAAUAUUUUCUCAAUGUUUCUGUGUUGUGCCCCCCCCUCCCCACACACACACACACACACACACACCUCUUCCAAUAUUUCUAGGCCUGCUACGGCUCUUUCAAAAGCAUAAUGUAGCCAUUAUUGAUUACAGAGUUUUGCACAACAUUAUUCAACUAUGCUCCACUUUUUUUACAAUUUUAAUCUGUUAACAACAAAAGUAUAAUAAUAAACUAUAAUAAAUUUCUAAAUAAUUUAACUUAAUUCAUGAUUAAUUAUUAUGUGGUAUGUAUGUGUAGGUACCAGAGUGCAUUAAAAACAACAUCAUAGUGUUAUUGUUUUCACUAAAAAGAAGUGCCAGAUAAUCCAAUCAUCAGAAUUUACAUUUACAGGGCGAAUCUGAAAAUUUGGGGAAAAAAUAGUUAAGCUUUUGCUGGCAUCGAAAAUACCAAAUGUCCAUGUUGAGUUUUUUUGUAUCUAGUGCACCAUGGUCAAAAUCUGUCGGAAACAAUCUGGGUACGAAAAUGUCGUUUUUGCGAUGACAACGACGAAGGAAAAAAAUGAAAACAAUUGUCAUUAAGUUUAUUCAUUCAAAGUGUUAGUUAUUAAUGAAAACAUAUUUCAAUCAUUUUUGUGCCUAACUUAUGUUCAUAGUUGUCUCAUUACAUUACAAUAUAUAUACGAUACAAUUUAACUUCAUUGUGAUUAAAAUCAACAGAUUCUUUUCUCUUGAACAUUCAGACAAGCCCAGUUGAGUAAUAUUGUAUAAUGGUAACUUAAUAAAAAAAACUAUAGAUAAUGACAAAACAGAAUUUAUUUCAAGGACAUACUAUAAGCACGCCAAAUUGUAAACUUACUUACAUGAGCAAAGUCUAUAUAUAACCAGGCCCGUACCCAGGGGUGGGUGCAACGGCCGAAGGUCCACUUUCGGUUUCCAAUGGACGUGCUAUUUGUAGACAAAACUAUAAAGCAUAGGCUAGAUUACUCUGGUAUGCAGCCAAAUCCGAAAAUAAAACAUACCGUGAAGAUACUGCAAAGGCAUAACAGUUUUAACAAAAUUACUAAGGUUACAUUUUAAGACCUGGUUAAUUUCUGCCCAAGUCGUGGACUGUUAGUUAGUAUGGGGUAUUAAUAGGACAUUUGAAUUUUUUUGUAAAAAUUAAAUUAGUGACAGGAUAACAAUAGUGUGUUAAUUGUAAUGUAAGACAUUUCCUUUAAUCAACAUGAGAUAUGUACCCGUCCAUAUAGUGGAGGCUACACAGUAACUGUGGAUUGUGGAUAUACUGAAGUCAAGUUUUGUCCUCAUUUUCAUUUAAAUCACGAGGGUAAGCUUGUCUCUGCAACAGCUUAGAAAGAUUCUAAUCAAACUUGGUAACCGUUAGCAGUGAUUAUUUAAAGUAUCACUAAUUGUAAUGAAUUUAGAAAUUAAUCUUCAUGAAUUUACUAUUGCCUUCUAAACAUCAAAAACAUCUUAUUCAAGAAAUCUUAUUUAAGAGAAUCCCGAGUUCGCGCAGCCAUGCGUCUAAUUUUAUUUCAGAGUGUUCAUAUCGCCAUUCUACACAAGCUCUUAAAACUUUUAAAACAUUCUCAUCAUCAGGGUCGUAGCCAGCCCCCCCCCCCCCCCCCCCCCUUUUAGCAGCCAAAAAUACAGUAAAUCUAUGAAGAGACGUCUAAAAUAUAGGAGAAAAUGCCUUGGAAGUCCCUUUUGGGCCCCCUCCUGUUAAAAAUCCUGGCUACGCCGCUGAUUCAUAUAAACUUGUUGUUCUAAUUAUAUGGCAAGAUUGGGUUUCCCGUUUUAUAUGAAUUUUUACUUACCAUUUGAUGGAUGAGAUUGAAAAUCUCAGUGGGCUGUUUGACAAAUGAUGCACAUCAUGGAUAACUUAAACAUACCGCAUUCUAGUGCAUUAUUAUAUACAGCUCCAACAAAACACCUGGUCAUUUCUUCUUGGUGCUUCAUUCGACAUGCUAGCCAUAACAGCUUUCGAGUUUUUAUUCCUUUACGGAGUUAACAUACUUGCUUUUACUUUUUCCUCUUCUUCUAUUUUCUCUCAUUACGGUUCGGCCCUGGCGAACUCCACCUUUAAGUCGCUAGUAGUUGAAAAUCUCGGCGACUGCAACCUGAAAUGCUUUGACGAGGAAGGCUGUAUGAGCAUCAAUUACGAUCGAGAGAGCAAGAAAUGCGAGCUGAACAAACGCAACCAAAGAAACCCAUCCCACUCGACUAGGGGGCCAUGCAAGGUCUAUCUACGCCACAAUCAAACAACCACCGCCAGUGUUUCCUGAAUGCAAGAACUACAAGCUCAUGUCGGGCGAUAGCCGACACAAAAGCUUUCUUCAAGAUCAGCAAUUAUGCGAGAGGAACCUGGUACCCGGAUGGUACCGGUUCGGCGGCGAAGCAGACACGAUGAUGAUGAAUGAAUGUUUGACAGAAUACCAUUGCUGUGGCGGUGGUUAUCUCGGUUGGAUGGACGGAACACUGCCUUUGUUCGCUCACGGAAUUGUGGAGCGAUUGCAUGCUUUUACCGCGCGGGCAAUUGUUGCCAUUGGAUGGUGAAUAUUCGCGUUAGAAAUUGUUGCCGUUUCUACGUGUAUGAGCUGGUGAAACCUCCUGUGUGUUAUCUCCGUUAUUGUGGAGAAUAAAGGAGUACAGAUAACUGAAUGAAUCACACCCGCACAUCACAGGCUUAGUCCGAAGGAAAUCCUAAAUAGGAACAAGGCACUUCUAGGGACUGAGAAUGGACAUGAAAAAUAUUCAAAUCACACAUCCCUAGAAUGAGAUUCAGUUAAAUCUCGGUUUUUGUGAAGAGAGGAAAUCUCGUUGUUAUAUGGUUUCAGGCGUUUUUUCUGUCGUUCUAUUAAAGCUCUAAAACCAA